AUUUCAUCAUCCUGGUUGCAGGUUCUUGUCAUUUUCUGUGAACCAACUGCGGUAAAAGUUAAUACCAUUCGCAGCAUUGCAUCUCAGAUAAUGAACAGAGAAAGUUUGACUCGGCUGAUAUUAGUGGUGCAAAAUCAAAUGACAAAUCAAGCUCAGAAAGCUGUGGAUCUUUUCUCCUUCAAAGUUGAAAUAUUCCAAAUUACCGACUUGCUUGUUAACAUUACAAAGCAUGUGUUAAAGCCAACGCAUCGAGUACUUAAUGAUAAGGAGAAGCAGAACCUCUUGAAGAAGUUUAGUUUGGAAGAAAAACAGAUUCCUCGGAUGCUACAAAAAGAUGCAAUUGCACGGUAUUACGGACGGGAGAAGGGGCAAGUGGUGAAAGUUAGUUACAGUGAUGAAAUUACAGAGUCUCAUGUCACUUAUCGCUGUGUUUGGUGAUGCGUGUAUUGUCCAUUUUCAGGAUUUUCUGUCUGACUAUAUAUCAUCUGUGUUAACUCAUGCUGAAACUUUGGUUGGUAGAAGUUAAUAGGUCUAUGAUCUUCAUGUUCUUUUAUUAUGUCGACAUUGAUGCUGUUGGCGGGAAUUUCAAGUAUGUGUGUGCUUGUUAAUAUA